AUGCAAAGCAAGACAAAACACGAGUGCGGAAGAUGGAGCGUGGAGAAUUGGCAAAUCCCAGUGCCCCUGGGAGACUGCUCGGUCCAUCUGCUUGUGGAUAGGUGGGUCAACACCAAUGGAUUCCAAGUCGCCAAGGCGUUCAUCAUGGACGGCGGCAAGAACGCCGAUACAUACAAGGCCUGCGAUCAGAUACUAAAGGCACUGGACGCAAUCGACAAGUUUGUCGGCAACACCAGCUGGAAGUUUGACGUCCCCAGGCUAUAUUGCGGGGCGGCCAUACCAAGCGCGAAAAACGUGCCCGUCUUCGACAUUGAAAACUCGAAGUUCGUAGGAACUGCCGGUCAGGUCCUCAUUGGCCGUGACAUCUUCACUGGAUCGCAAAUGUUCGACAUAGAAGGCGACAACAAGACCAUCAUUAGAUCGUCCAACGAAGACCCGGAUCAGCCACGCUUUUGCGUCGUCGGUGCCAAUAACUACGGUGUGGGAAGUAAAGAGCCCAUCAAUCGGAAAAAGCCAUCUAAGAACGCAACGUCAAUCCUCGCCAUUCUAUACUGGCCCGGCAAGGGCGGAGGACGCUGCUCCUACUUUACGGGCGGUGAUGGAAAUCCUAGGGUCGAGACUGAGCGUGUUGCUGUCACUUUGGCAACAAAUCAACGGCUAAACAGGCUCCAGAGAGAAUUCCAGCUGCCUCAACUGCCUCUUACAAUGAUGAAGUUGGACCACCACGGCUCAUCCCACGAGAAUCUAUCUGAGGAAAGCCUCGAGAUGACGCCAUUGGCACUGCUCUAUCCUAAACACGUCCUCGUUACUCCCGGCAACCAAUACGGUCAUCCUACCUGGGACGUGUUGAAGUUCGUCAAAGAGCGCAUGGGCAAAGUUGGUGGCAAGCUCUACACAACGCGCUCCCCCUAUUGGGUUACAAAGGACGAGCACACAACCAAAGAUAUCAACGUCUCUCACUACGGAUUCAUCAUGCCCAUGAUUAAUAAAGAAUUGGAAUUGUGGCACAAAAUAGGAGACAAGAACGUGACUCCCGAGGCGCUAGAAGCUCUCGGUGUAACGCAGGUCAUGAUUGAUCAAUUUGAGCAUAACAAGGCUCGUGCGGAGCUUCAGGACCAGCUCGAAAAGGACGGCAAGAUGGUAGGGAAGAAACAAAAGUGGCAAGUCGUUUCGAAGGAAAUUAUCGACAUGGAAAAUCUAACGAAAACGGAUUUGGCGAGAGCCUUAGUGGAUCCCGAAAAAGAAGAGCCAGAAAUGUCCAAAUUGGAACGGGCGCGGCUCAUCAUGAAACAGAACCGGGAGGACAUCCAGGACAGUGCAUUUGCAGCAUGGGAGUCUAUCUGCGAGCAGCCCAUCAUCUUCGACGGUAACCCGUUCUUUCUUGUACGCUUCUAUUUCUCCCACUACGGCUUCGACAACGCCGUUGAGGUCAAGGGCGACGACGGCACCUCCAAGACCUUCGUCUUGGAUGAUGGCAAGAACACUGUCAACCUGCACAAGUCCGCUCAUCUAUUUCUUUUCCUCGACUCUAUUGACCACGAAAAUGGUCUUGCCGACUAUAAAAAGUGGUGUGAAGAACAGGAGGCGCUGGUAGCGCAGCCAAAGAUGGAACACGCGGAGUUGAUCAAUGCUCUUGAAGUUCUGCAACUUGAGAAAAAGAAGCUGCAGAUGACAUUGCAUCAGCUUGGUGAUGAGGAGGAUGAGGAGCUUCAGCCGGAAGAGAAAAAGAUGCUUGUGGAAGAGCCUCCUUCUAAAGAAGACGGUGCGGGAGAAUUGUAUCACCGAGUUGAGAGCAAGCUUUUGGCCAUGUUCGAGAACCCGGUGAGGGUGGAAAAAGAGGCGCUGGAUUUGGACGCAAUUCAACAGCACCAAAAGGAGAACUACCUGCAAAGCUUGCCCGAGCGGAAAGUACCAACGGACAAGUUGAAGAAGCUGAGUGAGCUGAAGCCUGAAGAUAUGAAGCGUGACCAAUGGCUGGAUAAGAUUGAGUAUCUGAGCAAACUUCCAAAGCAGACUCCGAAACAACAGGAAGAGUUGGCAAAAUUGAAGGACCGAGAGUGGAUCUUCCACCUAGAUCGGCUAGUGGCGGAGAGAGCAGAGAAGCUCCAAAGGCAGGAGCAAUACGAGGCAGAGCUGCUGCGGUUCCUCAACAAGGAUGCCUAUCAACCCGACAGUGCUCUCGGAAAGGGCGCAAGAGCUAGGCAUGGCGACGAAGACGAUAAGAAAAAGAAGACAAAGCGCUCUAUUGGAUAGUAUGUACUUACAGGCAGUUGUUCAGCUACAAUCGCGACAUACUUUGCUUAUUUGAUUCAUGUUGCUGCAAAUAUUACCUCGAGACAAAGUUUGCAGUGCUGCUCGAGUCGAGCAUGAUCAAUUCU